CGCUUGGGAGAUGGAACCAGCCCUCCCUGCUCUGGAGAUGGUACAACCCGGAUCGAGGUUUCCCCGCUCGGCGUGCGCUGCUGGAAGUGUCCGAUCCGUCCCGCUGCCCCAGAGGCGAUGCUGCGGAGAGCGCUGCUGGGCUGCCCCCGCCCUGGGCUGCGAUGGCAACACCGGUCCGCAGUAGAGGUGACCAACGAGCCCAUUCUGGAGUUCAAGCAGGGCAGCCCGGAACGAGCGGCCCUUCAGAAGGCGCUAGCCGACCUGAAGGGCAAGACGGAGGCCAUCCCGUGCGUGGUGGGGGGAGAAGAGGUGUGGACGUCUGACGUCAGGUACCAGCUGUCGCCCUUCAAUCACUCGCACAAGGUGGCCAAGUACUGCUACGCGGACAAGGACUUGCUUAACAAAGCAAUCGAUGCCGCCUUGGCGGUGCGGAAGGAGUGGGACCUGAAGCCCGUCCAGGACCGGGCGCAGAUCUUCUUCAAGGCGGCCGACAUGCUGAGCGGGCCGAGGCGAGCGGAAGUGUUGGCCAAAACCAUGAUUGGGCAGGGCAAAACAGUCAUCCAGGCGGAAAUUGACGCAGCGGCGGAGCUGAUAGAUUUCUUCCGAUUCAACGCUAAGUACGCCCUGGAGCUGGAGACCUCUCAGCCCAUCAGCGUGCCCAGCAGCACCAACAGCAUGGUCUACCGAGGGCUGGAGGGCUUUGUGGCAGCGGUUUCACCCUUCAACUUCACUGCGAUUGGUGGGAACCUGGCAGGGACUCCGGCGUUGAUGGGAAACGUGGUCCUGUGGAAGCCCAGUGACACCGCCGUGCUGUCCAGCUUCGCCGUGUACAGGAUCCUCCUGGAAGCCGGCCUCCCUCCCAACGUCAUUCAGUUCGUCCCGGCUGACGGGCCUGUCUUCGGAGACACGGUCAUGCGCUCCGAGCACUUCUGCGGGCUCAACUUCACGGGCAGCGUGCCAACCUUCAAGCGCCUUUGGAAGCAGGCGUCGGAGAACGUGGACCGGUACCGCACCUUCCCGCGCCUGGCUGGAGAGUGCGGCGGGAAGAACUUCCACUUCGUGCACAGCUCGGCCGACGUGCCCAGUGUGGUGAGCGGGACCCUGCGCUCGGCCUUCGAGUACGGGGGCCAGAAAUGCUCGGCCUGCUCCCGCCUCUACGCCCCCGACGUGCUGUGGCCCCAGAUCAAAGCGAAACUGCUGGAGGAGCACGGGAAGAUCAAAGUGGGAGACCCGGCUCAGGAUUUCGGCACCUUUUUCUCAGCGGUGAUCGAUGACAAGUCUUUUGCCCGCAUUAAGAAGUGGAUCCAGCAUGCCAAGGCGUCGCCCAACCUCAGCAUCCUGGCAGGGGGGACGUGCGAUGACGCCGUGGGGUAUUUCGUCCAGCCAUGUAUCGUGGAGAGCAAAGACCCGAAGGACCCCAUCAUGGAGGAGGAAAUCUUUGGCCCCGUCCUGACUGUGUACGUCUAUCCCGAAAAGCAGUACAAGGAAAUCCUGCAGCUCAUAGACACCACCUCCCCCUACGGCCUCACAGGGGCAGUGUUUGCCCAGGAGAAGAGCGUCAUCCAAGAAGCCAGGGACAUUCUGAGGAACGCCGCCGGCAACUUCUACAUUAACGAUAAAUCGACCGGCGCGGUCGUGGCCCAGCAGCCGUUUGGCGGCUCCCGUGCCUCAGGAACCAACGACAAACCCGGCAGUCCCCACUACCUCCUGCGCUGGACGUCUCCCCAGGCCAUCAAGGAGACCCACGUGCCCCUCGGAGACUGGAAGUAUGCCUACAUGCAGUGAUCACAGCUCAGUGCCUUGCAUGCCGGGAGAACACCGCCUUGCUGCUGCCUCCAAACGCAGAGCAGCGCGGCCUGUCUCCUGUCGAGAGCACGGCAGCUGAGUAGUUAGAGCCUUUCAAAGAAACAUUUAACAGACUGUUACCCAGCAACAGGAGCUGGCCUUGUGAUUUCUCCGUCCUGACGUAGAGGGUUAGUCCAGGGCAGGGUUCUGCUGUAAGCGGUGGUGUGGUCACAGUCCUGUGGCAGGAGGAGGCUGCGCGCCAAGGAAGUCAGGGACUUCUAGAACAGGAAUGCAGCAGCAAGAACUGUAGGCCUGAGGGGCGGUAGAGGAGAAACGUUUGGGAAAGAAUGAAAAUCACUGGGGUUCCUCCUGAUCCGUGCUAAACAAAUCCACCCCGCUUGCCUGCCAAGUCCCAUCAAACCGUAGAGGGAUGUGCCUUUGGAGAUGUUCUCGUCCAUUUCUUUUCCUGCAUUGGUCCAUGCAUAGUUGUGUUUUUCCUCCAGCUGCAGCUAUGAAGCAAAUCUGCCACUGGAGAGGGAACACAAAGGGCUGGGCCACAUGAAUACUUAUUUUGCCAUAAGCUGCAGUGUAAACCUACCCCAUGCAAGCCUGCUGGGCACAAAGUGUCUUGCUGCUGCCUGCUAGUAAUUCCCUCCUGUGCUUUAAUCUUCCCCAAGUGGGGCAGAUCUAAGCUCACUAGGGAACUUGUGCAUGGUAGAUUUGCAUCCCGGUUAAGUGUUCGUGUGGAUGGACCGUAUGCUCUACCACCAGACACGAGUGCUCAUACAAGGUAUCACCUACUUCUGCAAGGGGAGUUGGGAGGGAAGAUGCAUUUGGGGAAGUAAUGCGUGAAAACAGAGCUUCUGAGCUGAGACUUGGCAGAGCCCUUGUCUUCAAACUUGGCCCAUCCUUUUCUAAGUGCAGGCUGGAACACCCAGGCCCCUCGCCACCAUAACUGGGACAGAUCUUGCUUUUUCCCACCCGAGCAGAGUUUCCUGAAAUAAUUUAAGCGCGAGAUAGGAAUUGUACUGGAGCAGAUAAUGGCAUUAGCAGGAUGGGCUUACUUUCAGAGCUGUAUUCUUUCCCAAACACUUGUUUUCUGUUAACGCCUGGGCCACGUUACAAAUCGUGCUUGUUAAGCUCGGUGUUUAGAUUGCUUGUUGGUUAAGAAUUCCUGUGCCAUGCGGCGGGGGGAGGGGAAAUGCACAUGAAUGCUGCCUUGAAUUGAUCCAGAGAGUUAUGUGGUUGGACUCUAGCUGCACAUUUUCCCAGAGUUCCUUGGGGUGCAGAUCAGAGGCUUUGGUUUGGCUGGCUGAGGUUCUAGUUUGAAUAGCGGUGUGAUGGUAGCUCUGCUUUGCAUAUAGCACUGAGGGGAUGCUGUUACUGUGCAUUCUUCGUGGCUAUGCUGCUAAACCCUCUGGUUUCCAAACGUAUUCAGCGCUAGCCACAUGUUUCACAUUAGUGCAGCCACUAACUGUGUAAAACCAAGGCAACGGCAAGGGUUAGCCAUACAGAUACUACUUUGCAACUGCCUCAUUAAGCCUUUUAGGUCGGGGAUUCACUAGCAAAGUGGCAGCUGGCUAGUUGGACAGGCUCCUCCCUCCCUUGUGUGGCUACCUGAAUGGAUCCAGAGAGCAUCCCCUCUUCCCUGGAGCAGCAGGUG